CGCCUCCUCCCCGACCCCGACCCCGACGCCCCCUUCUCCCCCUUCUCGUCCCCGCGUCUCUCCGGCGGCCAGCGACCCUCUCCGGCGAUGACGGUUCCCCGUAAGCAAGCGAAAAUGGUGGAGCUUGAAAAAGAAGAGGACCCCUUGGUCCACGACCAAGCCAUGCUGGAUAACGACGAUACUGACGAUGACUAUGUGGAAUCAGAGGAUGAUGAUUCAGAGGAGGAAUUGCAGGCUGAACCUUCAAAGAAGGCCGUGUACAACAAAGAGGGGCUCCUUGAGAAGCUCGAGGACAUCGCCUGGCCAGAGAAUGUGGACUGGAUGCACAAGCUCACUGUCGACCAUGACCAGGGGGAGAAGGUCGAUGUGAACGAUGAUCUUACCCGUGAGCUCGCUUUCUACACCCAGGCUUUGGAUGGCACGAGGCAGGCCUUCGAAAAGUUGCAGUCCAGGAAGGUCCGGUUCCUCAGGCCGGCAGAUUACUACGCGGAGAUGGUCAAGACUGAUACUCACAUGCACAAGAUCAAGGGGAAGCUCCUGUUUGAGAAGAAGAAGAUUGAGGAGGCUGAGGAGAGGAAGAAGGCGCGGGAGUCGAAGAAGAGAUCGAAGGAGGUGCAGGCAGAGAAGCUCAAGGAGAGGGCCAAGGAGAAGAAGGAGAGCAUUGAGUCGGUCAAGAAGUGGAGGAAGCAGAGGCAACAGGGGGGAUUUUCCAAGGGGAAGGAGGACGGGCCAAACCUCAACUUUGAAGUUGAAGGACUCAAGCAACACAAGAAGCAGAGGCCUGGCGUUUCUCCUGGUGACAGGUCUGGUGGUCUUGCUAAGCGAGGCAAACAAGGAAAGAACCAUAGGUCAAAGGAUUCCAAGUUUGGGCAUGGCGGCCGCAAAGGGAUGAAGAAGCAAAACACUGCUGAGACGACGAAUGACUUCAGAGGGUUUAACAACCAGAAGGGCGAGUCAGGAAACAAGAAGAGGAAGAUGUUUUGAUACGGUGUUGUAAGAGUCUGUCCCUGCUUCCUUGUGAUGCUAUUAUAUUCUUGUCUUUAUGUUAUUCCGCUGCAGUACUCUAUCACUAGAUGCAAAAGUUAGCUUGAGGUAUGGAAUUUGGGGAUGCAGCUCAAACACAAGACUUUUAUCUUUAGCUGUGCUAUUCUCCAUAAGAUGUGGUACCGUAUGCAUUUAACCUGUGAUUGCCCUUUUGGUCGUGGAAUGCAGUUGAAUCUUGCUAUAUAUGCAAUUAUGUUAAA